UUAUUAAAAUCUGUAUAAUAAUAUUUACAUCACAUCACAAUUCAGCUGAUUGUUUUACUUGUCUUGUUAUUCACAGACUCAACAAACAAAUUAACACUUUCAUUAAGAAAGUCUUUUGAUUAUAUUCCUUUAAGUGAUGUCAAGAUUCUGAUGCAGCCUUUCGUAGUAAACAAUGGUUUACCUUCUGUUCUUAAAACGAGGCCAUGUAAGUAUAAUAAUCAACUGACAAUGUGGACACGUCUCUGAGAAUCCUGUUUUUAUUUUGUAUUCGCACUGAAAUAGUGAAUAUGCUUAAAUAAAAUUACUCUGAAUGAGUUAUUAAAUGAUUAUCCAGCUUCAAAAUGUUGCAGUAGACAUAUUAUGUAUAAUAUCAAUUAAGGAUUGACGACAGUGCUGUAAUGUGAUGCUUUAAUUUGUUGGUUUUAGAGAGUCACCAUGUCGGCUGCCAGCUGUCUGCUGACUGAGGACCAGCUUCUCUGCGGCAUCUGUCUGGAUGUGUUCAAUGUUCCAGUCACUUUGCCGUGUGGACACAACUUCUGCAAAAGCUGCAUCCAGCAGCACUGGGACAGCAGCACCAACUGUCAGUGCCCCUCGUGCAAAGAAUCCUUCUAUAAGAAGCUUGACCUGCGAGUCAACACUUUCAUAUCUGAGAUGGCGACUCAGUUCAGAAAGUCAGCCGGACGAAGCAGCUGCCGGGCCGCCAAACCAGGAGACGUUCCCUGUGACGUCUGCACCGACACCAAAAUGAAAGCUGUGAGGUUGUGUCUGGUGUGUCUGGCGUCCUACUGUGAGACUCACCUGCAGCCUCAUCUGACGGCUUCGCGCCUGAAAAAACACCAGCUGACUGAUCCUGUGGAGAAUCUGGAGGGCAGGAUGUGUACGAUUCACGAUAAACCUCUAGAGCUGUUCUGCAAGACCGACCAGACCUGCGUCUGCAUGCUCUGCCCUGUUUUGGACCACAAGUCACACGAAGUCAUCCCGCUGAAAGAACAAUUUGAGAGAAAGAGGGCCGAGCUGGGGAGGAGAGAGAUUGAAGUCCAUCGAAUGAUCCAGGACAGACGGCUGAAGAUUCUGGACAUCAAACAAGCUUUUAAGCUCAGUAAGGAAGCUGCAGAGAGGGAAAUGGCCGAUGGUGUUCAGGUCUUCACCACUUUGAUGGAGUCUUUGCAAAGAGCCCAGUCGGACCUCAUCGGGAUGAUUGAAGAGAUGCGGGAGGAGACGGAGAAAGAGGUCCAAAGUGUCAUCGAAGUGUUGGAGCAGGAAAUCUCUGAGCUGAUGAAGACUCGAGCUGAGAUGGAGCAGCUCUCACGCUCAAAAGACCACCUCCACUUAAUCCAAAACUUUGCGUCCUUGGACGCCUCGAUACCCACCAGAGACUGGACAGAGGUCAGCGUGGAUCUGCCGUCAUAUGAGGGAACUGUGAAGACUGCUGUGGAUCAGCUGGAGGAGACUCUUGGCAAAGAGAUCAAGAAGCUGCAGCACUUGGCCGAGCUGCACAGAGCCCAGCAGUUUGCAGUGGAUCUGACUCUGGAUCCUGAUACAGCACAUGCUGCUCUCAUCCUGUCUGAUGAUGGCAAACAAGUAUAUCAUGGUGUUAAGAAGAAGAACGUCAAAGACACGUCUAAAAGAUUUAAUCCCAGCUGCUGUGUCUUAGCCAAACAGAGCUUCUCCUCUGGAAAAUUCUACUUCGAGGCCGAAGUCAAAGACAAGACUCGAUGGACUUUGGGAGUGGCCAAGGAGUCAGUCAAAAGGAAGGGAAUAAUCCCGAUGUGCCCAGAUAACGGCCACUGGACUGUGUGGCUGAAGAAUGGAGAAGAGUAUGCUGCUCUGGUUGGCUCUCCUCUUCCUCUCACUGUGAACUCGAAGCUUGAGAAGGUGGGAGUGUUUGUGGAUUAUGACGAGGGUCUGGUCUCCUUCUAUGACGUGGAUGCGAUGGAGCUUCUUUACACAUUUGCUGGCUUCUCCUUCACUGAGAAACUGUACCCGUUCUUCAGUCCCGGUCUUAAUGAUGAUGGCAUAAACUCCGCCCCUGUGAUCAUUUCCAAAGUUUGA